AUGGCGCUGUGGCGCGGCUCCGCGUACGCUGGCUUCCUGGCGCUCGCGGUGGGCUGCAUCUUCCUCCUGGAGCCGCAGCUGCCGGGGUCGGCCCUGCGCUCGCUGUGGAGUUCGCUGCAGCUGGGGCCCGCGCCCGCGCCCCCAGGAGCCGGCUCCCCUGAGGGCCGGCUGGCAGCCGCCUGGGACGCGCUCAUCGUGCGGCCGGCCCGGCGUUGGCGCCGCGUGGCCGUGGGCGUCAAUGCAUGUGUAGACGUAGUGCUGUCAGGGGUGAAGCUCUUGCAGGCACUUGGCUUGAGUCCUGGGAAUGGGAAAGAUCACAGCGAGCUGCGUUCAAGGAAUGAUCUAGAAGAAGCCUUCGUUCACUUCAUGGGGAAGGGAGCAGCUGCUGAACGCUUCUUCAGUGAUAAGGAAACUUUCCAUGACAUCGCCCAGGUUGCGUCAGAGUUCCCAGAAGCCCAGCACUAUGUAGGAGGAAAUGCAGCUUUAAUUGGACAGAAGUUUGCAGCCAACUCCGAUUUAAAGGUUCUUCUUUGUGGUCCAGUUGGUCCAAAGCUGCAUGAGCUUCUUGAUGACAAUGUAUUUGUCCCACCAGAGUCAUUGCAGGAAGUGGAUGAGUUCCACCUCAUUUUAGAGUAUCAAGCAGGGGAGGAGUGGGACCAGUUAAAAGCUCCCCAUGCCAACCGGUUCAUCUUCUCCCACGACCUCUCCAACGGGGCCAUGAAUAUGCUGGAGGUGUUUGUGUCUAGCCUGGAGGAGUUUCAGCCAGACCUGGUGGUCCUCUCUGGAUUGCACAUGAUGGAGGGACAGAGCAAGGAGUUCCAGAGGAAGAGGCUCUUGGAGGUCGUGACCUCCAUUUCUGACAUCCCUACGGGUGUUCCAGUUCACCUGGAGCUGGCCAGCAUGACCAACAAGGAGCUUAUGAGCAGCAUUGUGCACCAGCAGGUCUUUCCGGCCGUGACUUCCCUGGGGCUGAAUGAACAGGAGCUGUUAUUUCUCAGCCAGUCGGCAUCUGGACCUCACUCUUCUCUUUCUUCCUGGAAUGGUGUUCCUGAUGUGGGCGUGGUCAGCGACAUCCUCUUUUGGAUCUUGAAGGAACAUGGGAAAAGUGAAAGCAGAGCCUCGGACCUCAGCAGGAUCCAUUUCCACACGCUGGCCUACCAUAUCCUGGCGACUGUGGAUGGACACUGGGCCAACCAGCUGGCUGCCGUGGCUGCAGGAGCCCGCGUGGCCGGGACACAGGCCUGCGCGACGGAGACCAUAGACACCCGCCGCGUAUCUCUGAAGGCACCCCACGAGUUCACGACCUCCCGUUUGGAGGCCGGCUCCAGGGUUGUGUUAAACCCAAAUGAGCCAGUGGUCGAAUGGCACAGGGAGGGCGUGUCCUUCCACUUCACACCAGUGUUGGUGUGUAAAGAUCCUGUUCGAACUGUGGGCCUUGGAGAUGCCAUCUCAGCCGAAGGACUCUUCUAUUCAGAAGUACACCCUCACUCGUAGGAAGGUUGUUGGGGUCAUUUUUCUGAUGAAGGAAAACUAGCCAACCUAAAAAUGACAGGAAUUCAGUGGUCUGGGAAAUAGGAUCGAGAGUGUCAAAAACCAUUUCUGUUGAUCAAACUGAAAGACAGCCAAAGAAACAACAGCGGAUUAAACUGUACCAGAUACAUUCCAGCCUUUUGACAAUUACACAGAAACAUUUCAGGUUUUAAUCGCAAUUCAGCUGUCUACUAACAAGACUGGAUUUUUGUUCUCGUUUAUUUUUAUGUUGUGUGUUACAGGGCUAAAAACUUGAUUCUCCAACUCUUUUCAGGUAUUUUAGGCCAGACCCCUUGCCCAUGAGAGCAUGCUGGUUGGAGAAAGCACUCCCUUCGUGCCCACCUCAGAUGCGCAUGCUCACUCACCCGUUCUCCCCGUCUCUGAAAGCCCAGUGUGAGUUCUUGCAUUCUCUCAGCUCAGCACCCAUGACAGGAUCAUAAUUUCCAUUCAGUGUUAUAAUGACAAUAUUCAACGAAUACACCUUCUCAGUUUUCUGCUCCCAAAUUAAGACAGAGCCACAGGUAAGGACAAAAUAGCCCUCCUGUGCUUCAGAGACACAGCAGAGGCUGGGUGCCCCAUGGAGCCCUUGAGGGGGCCAGUCACUCUGCAGUUAGGGGCCUGGCUGGCCUGCAGGGUGGCGCUGUGAGCCGAGGGCUGCACCUCCCUGCCCUGGCUCCUUAACUGCAGACUGGCUGGUCAGAGGCUGCUGUGCCUGGGCCCACCCUCAUUGCCCAGCUCUGGACAUGAUUUCUAUAGCAGAAGACUGAUCUGUGUUCAUUCUGAUCCUUGAAGGAAUUUUACUUUUACAACUGGAAUCUGCUUCUGGGUGUAUAACAGAUCAUGUAUGUUUUACAGUGAUACAUCACAUCUGUUAAAGAGUGUGACCUCCUAAGAGCCCCAGGAUCAUAAAUAAAUUUGUCAUAUUAUGUAUUUAUUUUUAUAAAUCGAGACUUCAGCGUGCU